AUGGAUAAUACAACAACGAGAAGAUUGAAACAGAUUCAAGGUCACUUUUCGUCUCCACAGUCUGUGAGGGUAUUACCACCAUUUAAGAGUGACAAUAGAGUGAAUCUUGUAUCGAUGUGGAAGCAGAUGACAACAUUAACCAAGACGGGUGCAAUGUUUAUACCACCACUAGCUACCUACUAUAUCUAUAAACUACUAAAGAGUAAAACUGGAUUAGUAGCACAACUCAUUACACAACAUAAAGAUAUCGAUUCAAUCAUUAAAGAGAUCUCUGGAAAUAAUACAUUAGAUAAUAUAGUUAAACUUGCUGGUAAAAUAAUAGGAUUAGCAGGAAUAUAUCAAAUUUCACAAAGAAUGCAAACAUAUUUAGGUGUAAAAUUAACAUUUAGUAGAUCAUAUCAAGUUAUGUUGACGAUUUCAUCGAUUAUGGAGACUAUUUUAACAUUUGUAAAGUUACCUCAAAAAUGGGGACCUGUUUUUCUCAUUGUUAGUGUAAUAUAUACAAUGAUUUAUAUUAGAAUAUUAUAUUUGACGUUGGUACAUAAUAAGAAGAUUGAAAGUUUAUUGGGAUCGAAUGAUAGAUGUGUUCGUGGCGACAAUCUUAGAAAUACACAAGGCAUUGCUCUGAAUAUACCGGGAUUGGGUGCAUGGGGAUCGGUCGUUGCACUUACACUCUGGGUGUGGCUGAAGGAGGCACGUCGUUUGGUACAGAGUACCGGUGGUAUUCUCUCGAUGACAUCGUUCAUCUUGUCGGCGGUUGCAUCGAUGCGUGUCGGUUUGCGCGCAGCAAUGACAUCGUUCCCCGGGUUGACACCAUACGAAGGUAGUUCAGCGGUGGUAGUAGCCAUCAUACUCGGUGCACUCCCACUGAUCCCAUCGUGGUCACUCUCAGAGUGGUCGAGAACACUUCUCACAGGUUAUUUAUCAAUCAUAGUUUCGAUGUCAAUCAAUUCAUACUUUGCAUGGAAGCGACCCAAUGCAAUGCUUUAA